AUGUGCGCGCAAGAUGCUUUUCAGACACAGAGAAGCCAGCUGGUGGAGUUGCUGGUCUCGGGGUCCCUGGAGGGCUUUGAGAGUAUUGUGGACCGGCUGCUUUCCCGGGAAGUCCUCUCCUGGGAGGACUAUGAGGGGCUUAGCCUCGUGGGCCAGCCCAUCUCCCACUUGGCCAGGCGCCUCCUGGACACCAUCUGGAAUAAGGGUGCUUGGGGCUGUGAACAACUGACUGCAGCUGUGUGGGAGGCCCAGGCCGACAGCCAGCCCCCCGAGCUUCCCAGCUCCUGGGACCCCCACUCACCCCACCCAGCCCGUGACCUGCAGAGUCAUCGGCCAGCCAUCGUCAGGAGACUCUACGGCCACGUGGAGGGUGUGCUGGACCUGACACAGCAGCGGGGUUUCAUCAGCCAGUAUGAAACUGAUGAAAUCAGGCGGCCCAUCUUCACAUCAUCCCAGCGGGCAAGAAGGCUCCUUGAUCUCGCCACAGUGAAGGCGAAUGGGUUGGCUGCCUUUCUUCUACAGUGUAUUCAGGAAUUACCGGUCCCAUUGGCCCUGCCUUUUGAAGAUGCUGCCUGUAAGAAGUACAUGUCCAAACUGAGGACCGUUAUAUCAGCUCAGUCUCGUUUCCUGAGCACCUAUGAUGGAGCAGAGAAUCUUUGCCUGGAAGAAGUGUAUACAGAGAAUGUUCUGGAAAUCCAGAUGGAGGUGGGCAUGGCUGGACCUUCGCAGCAGAGCCCUACCACCCUAGGCCUGGAGGAGCUCUUCAGCACCCGUGACCAUUUUAACAAAGAGGCAGACACUGUGCUGGUGGUGGGCGAGGCAGGCAGCGGCAAGAGCACACUCUUGCAGCAGCUGCACCUGCUCUGGGCUUCAGGGCGGGCCUUCCAGGAAUUUCUCUUCGUCUUCCCGUUCAGCUGCCGGCAGCUGCAGUGCCUGGUGAAACCACUGUCCGUGCAGACGCUGCUCUUCGAACACUGCUGUUGGCCCGACCUUGGCCCCCAGGAUAUCUUCCAGGUCCUCCUUGACCACCCUGAACGCAUCCUCUUAACCUUCGACGGCUUUGAUGAGUUCAGGUUCAGGUUCACGGAUCGGGAGCGUCACUGCUGUCCGACUGCCCCCACGUCAGUCCAGAGUCUGCUCUUCAACCUUCUGCAGGGCAACCUGCUAAAGAACGCUUGCAAGGUGUUGACCAGCCGUCCAGGCGCGGUAUCAGCGAGCCUCCGAAAGCACGUGCGCACGGAACUCAGUCUCAAGGGCUUCUCGGAAGAGGGCAUCGAACUGUACCUGAGGAAGCGGCAUCGCGAGCCUGGGGUGGCUGACCGCCUCCUCUGCCUGCUCAGAGCCACCUCAGCCCUGCACGGUCUGUGCCACCUGCCAGUCUUCUCCUGGAUGGUGUCCAAAUGCCACGAGGAGCUGUUGCUACAGGGCCGGGGGACCCCAAAGACCACCACGGAUAUGUACCUGCUGAUCUUGCGGCACUUUCUGCUGCACGCUUCCCCCCCACCCUUAGCCACCCAUGGCCCAGGACCCAGCCUGAUUCAGCGCAGGCUCCCCACACUCCUGCACCUUGGCCACCUGGCUCUCUGGGGCCUGGGCACGUGCUGCUACGUGUUCUCAGCCAAACAGCUGCAGGCGGCACACGUCGAUAGUGAGGACCUUUCUCUUGGCUUCCUGGUGCAUGCCAAGAGGGUUGUACCCGGGAGUACAGCCCCCCUGGAAUUUCUGCAUAUCACUUUCCAGUGCUUUUUUGCUGCAUUCUACCUCGCCCUUAGUGCCGACACCCUGCCAUCCUCGCUCAGACAUCUCUUCCAAGGUCACAGGCCUGGAAGCUCGCCGCUGGCCAGGGUGCUGCCCAAAUGGUUCCUGCGGGGCUCCCGAUGCAAAGAGGGCAGUGUGGCUGCUUUGCUGCAGGGGGCCGAGCCACACAACCUCCAGAUCACAGGGGCCUUCCUGGCAGGGCUGUUGUCCCAGGAGCACCGGAGCAUGCUGGCCGAGUGCCAGGGCUCUGAGACGGCCCUGCUCCGGCGCUGGGACUGUGUCCGGCGGUGUCUGACCCGCAGCCUCUGCAAGCACUUCCGCUCCAUCCCACCCGCCGUGCCGGGUGAGGCCAAGAGCAUGCACGCCCUGCCCGGCUUCCUCUGGCUCAUCCGGAGCCUGUACGAGAUGCAGGAGGAGCGGCUGGCGCGGGAGGCUGUGCGCAGGCUGAACGUCGGGCACCUCAAGCUGACCUUCUGCAGUGUGGGCCCGGCCGAGUGUGCCGCCCUGGCCUUCGUGCUGCGCCACCUCCGGCAGCCUGUGGCCCUGCAGCUGGACCACAACUCUGUGGGCGACAUCGGCGUGGAGCAGCUGCUGCCUUGCCUGGGCGUCUGCAAAGCUCUUUACUUGCGAGAUAACAACAUCUCAGACCGAGGCAUCUGCAAGCUGGUUGAACAUGCUCUUCACUCUGAGCAGCUGCAGAAGUUAGCUCUGUUCAACAACAAGUUGGAUUGUACACACUCCAUGGCCAGGCUCCUUGCGUGCAAGCAGAACUUCUUGGCUUUGAGGCUAGGAAACAACCACAUCACGGCCGCGGGAGCCGAGGUGCUCGCCCAGGGUCUCAGAACUAACAACUCCUUGCAGUUUUUGGGGUUCUGGGGCAACCAGGUGGGUGACGAGGGGGCCCAGGCCUUGGCUGCAGCUUUGGGUGAUCACCAGAGCUUGAGGUGGCUCAGCCUGGUGGGGAACAACAUUGGCAGCAUGGGUGCUCAAGCCUUAGCAUUGAUGUUGGAAAAGAAUAUGGCCCUGGAAGAACUCUGCCUGGAGGAGAACCACGUCCAGGAUGAAGGUGUAUGUUUCCUCGCCAAAGGACUUGCAAGAAACUCAAGUUUGAAAGUCCUGAAGCUGUCUAACAACCACAUCACCUCCCUUGGGGCAGAGGCCCUCCUGUGGGCCCUUGAAAAGAAUGACACCAUUCUGGAAGUCUGGCUCCGAGGAAACACUUUCUCUCCAGAGGAAACCGAGAAACUCAGCCACCAGGAUACCAGACUCUUGCUCUGA